GUCUACUUUAUGGCUGUGUAACAUCAAAGGCUUGACUGCUGUGUCAUUGUCAAAUUGUGUUUGUAAACAAACGUUAAAACGAAGCGAAUGGUGUGAUUCUCCUGCGGAAGGGAAGAUGCUGUCCCGGAGGGAGGCGCUCCAACUGGGCACGCUCCUGCUGUGCGUGCCGGCGCAGUACCUGCUGCUGGUGAGCGUGCCGAGCGUGCUGGAGUGCACGCACGCCGUGCUGCAGGCCACCAGUGCCUUGCGUGCCGUGCGUUCCUCUCUGCUGGGCUGGAUGUUCCCACUGACGGGCGCGGGGGGAGAGGACGGCGCGGAGGCCCAGGAGUCCCCCGCCAUCGAGGUGCUGCAGCUGAGGGAGCGGGCCGGCCACUGGGCGUCCUCGCCGGAGCCGCGCCUGCUCCGGCCAUCGCACCUGCUGUACCGCGUGGGCCAGGCCGUCCGGCACCGCGCCCUGGGGUUCCGCGCCGUCGUCGUGGGCUGGGACCUGCGCGCCAAGGCACCCGAGACGUGGCUGAGGAACCAGCACAGGGGCGACCAGGAGCCAAUGAAAGGAGCAUCGAGUGUGGUGAGAAGAAGGUACUGUCGGGGCAGCAGUGUGGAGCGCUGCAGGCUGUGUGUGCAGGGCGAGAGGGGCUCCCCCCACUACCUGCUGCUGGUGGACCGGAGAGACCGCUCCCCGCCCGCCCCUGUGUACGUGCCUCAGGGCCAGCUGGAGAACUACAGCGGGAUCAAGAUUCAGCACCCCGACAUUGGCAAGUAUUUUGACUACUACGACGGAGCACAGUAUCUGCCGAAGGAGAAGCUGAAGUACUUGUACCCCAAAGACUGAUGCACUGUUGGAGUCUGAGGAAUGUGUUUGUGGUAUUGCACAGCCACUUGUGUGUGGGGCACACCCCUGCGAGAAUACCUCGCUGUCAUGGCACAACCCUGCCCGCACCAAACACCCACUUGUGUGUGUGUAAGACAAGCUAGACUACUGCUCGAUUCAGUUUUGUAGAAGUUUGUCAGCUUAAGUUGUAUUUUAUAAAAAUAAAUAAAAUAAAAGAUUCUAUGUUUAAGAAA